AUGAGUUUCCCAAAUCCCGCAACGUCCGUUAAGUUAGUUUUGCUAGGCGAAGCUGCUGUUGGUAAAUCAUCUUUGGUCUUAAGAUUCGUGAGCAACGAUUUCCAAGAAAACAAGGAGCCAACUAUAGGAGCAGCAUUUUUAACUCAAAAGUGUACUAUUGGAGAUCGUACCAUUAAAUAUGAGAUAUGGGAUACAGCAGGACAAGAGAGAUUCCAAUCAUUAGCCCCUAUGUACUACAGAAAUGCACAAGCAGCAUUAGUUGUGUACGAUAUCACUAAACCAGCAUCAUUCAUUAAAGCCAGGCAUUGGGUCAAGGAAUUACACGAACAAGCCUCUAAAGACAUAACGAUUGCUUUGGUGGGUAAUAAGUAUGAUUUAGCAGAGAAUGACAACGAAAAUGAAGAAAGCUUGAGGAAAGUUAGUAUUGAAGAAGGAAAGAACCUCGCUGAAGAAGAAGGAUUAUUAUUUUUCGAAACUAGUGCCAAAUCCUCAUAUAAUGUCAAUGAUGUGUUCGUUGGAAUAGGUAGCAAAAUUCCUGAUACGAGUGCUAACCUGGGCACAGCUUCGGGAUUGAAUGUCAAUGGACAGUCUAAUAAUGAAGGGAGAAUUGAUUUAAGUGCUGGAUCAAAUAACAAUCGUGGUGGUGCUGAUGCAUGUGCUUGUUAG